AUUUCGUCUCUAACUGCCUUUGCGCUCCCACGUUGUAGCCCACCUCUCAAUUUUCCUUCCCCCAGCGAGUGUCAUCAUGACGCACUGACAGCCACAGAAUUGCUCACACUGGCUCCAAAGCUGAGAAGAAGCAGGACUAUUUGACAUGAUGGAGCGAUGGAAACGGUGUUGGCACUUCUGAUCGCAGUGUUAACAGGAUAUUUUCACACUUAGGAGAGAGAAAUGACUCACAGGCUCCUCUUUAACCUUGGGAAGGAUGUGGUAAAUGCAUGAUCAACACAGGACUUCAGUGGCUUCUCUUUAUUCUCCUCAAGUGUCAGGAAAGUCACAUACAUUUUGCGCUUCACAGCAACUUUUCAUGUUCACAGACUGGGAGAGGAACAGGGAAGCUCUCACAUUGACCAAUGUCAACUACCGCUAUGGGCGACUCUGCCUUAACUGGCUUAGAGGCAGCAGGUGUGGAUGCUGUUAAUCCUUUAGGGAGCUCCAAUGGCAGCUUGUCCACGAGCAGUGCCUGGGGCAUCAGUGGCAGCGGUCCGUGGCUGUUGGCGUGCAUGUUAACCCUCAUCAUCCUGAUGACGGCUUGUGGAAACACUCUGCUGAUCACUCUGGUGUUUGCCCAGCACUCCUUACGCAACACCUCCAACUGUUUCCUGGUGUCUCUCUUCCUGUCGGACCUGAUGGUGGCGCUGGUGGUUAUGCCGCCAGCCAUGCUCAAUGUGGUGUGCGGGGCCUGGGUGUUGUCGCCGGGCUUUUGCCCCGUGUGGCUCUGCUUCGACGUCAUGUGCUGCAGUGCCUCCAUUCUCAACCUAUGUGUGAUCAGCCUGGACCGCUAUCUCCUCAUCAUCUCGCCUCUGCGGUACAAGCAGAGGAUGACCCCUCCCCGGGCCCUGCUUCUGGUGGGAGGGGCCUGGGGUCUGGCUGCCCUCGCCUCCUUCUUGCCCAUCAAGAUGAACUGGCACAGCUUGGGUCACCGAAGUGGCCAUUUCCCAAUGCACGGGGCUGGCAGUGCCAACAUCAGCACAUACCCAGAGCUAAGCUUGCGAUACCCCGCUUCCUACUUCCAGCUGUCACCCUCCGAUGGCCUGUCCUUCCAGUGUCGUCUGCGGGUCACCCUGCCCUUCGCCCUGGUGGCAUCCGUCCUCACCUUCUUCCUGCCAUCCAGUGCUAUCUGCUUCACCUACUGUCGGAUUCUCCUGGUGGCACGGAGACAGGCAAGGCGAGUGGCGGUGCUAAGUCACCCUCCGUACCCACAACAUUCGCCCAGGGGGCCUUCUCAGCCUCCCUCACCAGGUGGGGGCGCCGCGGGACAUGCUCACCAUGACAGAGAAGACUGCAGUCAUCAGGAGCACUCUAUGUCACACCAAGUACCGGUGAGACGGAGAGGGGAGUUGUAGAGGAAAUGAAGGGAGAUACAUUGAGGCUACAUCUCAUUGCUGUGUAAACUGUCACUGCAUGAUCACUGUGUGCCUGGAUAGGUUUCCACCAUGAUGCCUUCAUUGCCUCUCAGAUCAGUUGGGUCGUUCCACAAAAAGAGUGCCUUUUGCGUCCCUUUGAUAUUUUUAUAGAA